AUGAUUUCUGUGAAAAGAAACACUUGGAGAGCACUGAGUGUAGUGAUAGGUGACUGUCGGAGGAAGGCGAGCUUUGAAGGUUGCCAAGAUCGGACUGAGAAGCACUCCACAAUGCCAGACUCACCUGUGGAUGUGAAGACGCAAUCUCGGCUGACCCCUCCAGCGAUGCCGCCUCCCCCAACGACUCAAGGAGCACCAAGAACCAGCUCAUUUACACCAACGACGUUAACGAAUGGCACGAGCCAUUCACCUACGGCCUUGAAUGGCGCCCCCUCGCCGCCCAAUGGCUUUAGCAAUGGGCCUUCUUCUUCUUCUUCCUCUUCUCUGGCUAAUCAACAGCUGCCCCCAGCCUGUGGUGCUAGGCAACUCAGCAAGCUGAAAAGAUUUCUUACUACCCUGCAGCAGUUUGGCAAUGACAUUUCACCGGAGAUUGGAGAAAGAGUUCGCACCCUCGUACUAGGACUGGUGAACUCUACGUUGACAAUUGAAGAAUUUCAUUCCAAACUGCAAGAAGCCACUAACUUCCCACUGAGACCAUUUGUCAUCCCGUUUUUGAAGGCCAACCUGCCCCUGCUCCAGCGGGAACUGCUCCACUGCGCAAGGCUAGCCAAACAGAACCCUGCCCAGUACCUCGCUCAGCAUGAACAGCUGCUUCUGGAUGCCAGCACCACCUCCCCAGUUGACUCCUCAGAGCUGCUUCUCGAUGUGAACGAAAACGGGAAGAGGCGAACUCCAGACAGAACCAAAGAAAAUGGCUUUGACAGAGAGCCUUUGCACUCAGAACAUCCAAGCAAGCGAGCAUGCACUAUUAGCCCAGGCCAGCGGUACAGUCCAAAUAAUGGCUUAUCCUACCAGCCAAAUGGCCUGCCUCACCCCACCCCACCUCCACCUCAGCACUACCGUUUGGAUGAUAUGGCCAUUGCCCACCACUACAGGGACUCCUAUCGACACCCCAGCCACAGGGACCUCAGGGACAGAACUAGACCUAUGGGGUUACAUGGCACACGUCAAGAAGAAAUGAUUGACCACAGACUAACAGAUAGAGAAUGGGCAGAAGAAUGGAAACAUCUUGAUCAUCUGUUGAACUGCAUCAUGGACAUGGUGGAAAAGACGAGACGAUCCCUCACCGUUCUGCGGCGGUGUCAGGAAGCAGACCGGGAGGAGCUGAAUUACUGGAUCCGGCGCUACAGCGAUGCUGAGGAUGUGAAGAAGGGCAGCGGCAGCAGCAGCCACUCCAGGCAGCAGAGCCCCGUCAACCCAGACCCUGUUGUGCUAGAUGCACAUCGGGAAUUCCUUCACAGGCCUGCGUCUGGAUAUGUGCCAGAGGAGAUCUGGAAGAAAGCUGAGGAGGCUGUGAACGAGGUGAAGCGACAGGCAAUGACCGAGCUGCAGAAGGCUGUGUCUGAGGCAGAGAGGAAAGCCCACGACAUGAUUACCACAGAGAGGGCCAAGAUGGAACGUACGGUGGCUGAGGCCAAGCGGCAGGCAGCAGAGGACGCUCUGGCGGUCAUCAACCAGCAGGAAGACUCCAGCGAGAGUUGCUGGAACUGUGGCCGGAAAGCAAGCGAGACCUGCAGCGGCUGUAACACCGCCCGGUACUGUGGCUCCUUUUGCCAGCAUAAAGACUGGGAGAAGCACCACCACAUCUGUGGACAGACCCUGCAGGCCCCACAGCAGGGAGACACGCCUGCAGUCAGCUCCUCAGUCACACCCAGCAGUGGGGCUGGGAGCCCAAUGGACACACCACCAGCAGCCACGCCCAGGUCGACCACCCCGGGAACACCCUCCACCAUAGAGACGACGCCUCGCUAGACCUAAGCUCGAACUGUCAGAGGAAAGACACCGCAACCAACACGAAAGCAAUUCCUCAUCCUCAGAUGCUCAAAGCCGUUUUUCUGUUUGUUUGUUUAUAGAUGAACUAUCUAAUUUCAGUACUUUCAGCAAGAGAGAACCUAACUGUAUCUUUUGAGGCGGUAGUAAAACACAGAGGGCCAGUAACGGGUCGUAAUGACUUACUGUGGAUAACAAAGAUAUCUUUUUAGAGAACUGAAAAAAGGAAAGAAUAUAACGUGAAAUGCUAGAUUUGACCUCCUCCCUGUUAUUUCCAAGUAGCUGGGAUUUUAAACUAGAUGACCUCAUUAACCAAUGCUUUACCAAGCAGCAAACCAAGAGAUUGUUCAUUGCUGUUGAAAGCAAAAAUGCUAAUAUUAAAAGUCACAGUGUUCUUUAUAUACAAUAAUGGAAAGAAAAAAAGAGGCGAUCCCUCAAGGGCACGAGCGUUGGAUACAGCACUAGACAUUUUAACAAGAAGAUGAAUGGCGUCUGUGGGUUGCUAACUGAACUUUGAAGACCCGCUACAAAACGCGCAG